CAAUCUACAACUUUGAGUGGAGGAGCACCCAUGCCACAGCAAGGAGCAGAUUGUGAUGCACGUCGUGAUCUGACUGUUGUCAUUUUGGGAAAAACUGGAUCAGGGAAGAGUUCAGCCGCAAAUACCAUCCUGGGGGAAAGGGUGUUCAGAGCAGAAAUGUCAUUUAAUCCUGUGACCAAGCACUGUGAAAAGAAUCAAAGGAAGGUUGAAGGAAGAAUUGUCACAGUGAUCGAUACCCCUUGCCUAUCAUGUCAUCUUAAUGAGGAACUUUUUACUGAAAUAAAGAAAUGUGUGGAAACUGGACCUCAUGUUUUUCUGCUGGUGAUCCGGGUGAAUGAGAAACUCACAGAUGAAAUGAAGAAUGCCAUUAAAUGGGUUGAGGAGAACAUGGGGAAGGAUGUUUUGUGCUACAUCAUUGUACUCUUCACAUAUGUGGACCAGCUACAGGAGACACCACUUGAGAACUAUUGCAGAGCCAGUCAAUAUAUCCGCACUCUGAUCAACAGCUGUGGGGGAAGAUUUCAUCCAUUCAUCAGCGAUGGAAGACAGGAUAACAAUCAAGUUAAGGAGCUGUUAGAAAAGAUUGACAAGUUAGUGUGGUGGAACUCUGAUCAGACUUACACUAUGUAAGUUAUGUAUGUUACACUAUGUCUUGGUGCAUGUAUUGUUUUGGUCCGGCAUCAAUCCUGCUAGCUAGCAUAGUGAAUUCAAUGCCGGAGAGCAUGU